UAUCUGACACGGCUCGGGGCGCCCCCCCUUUCACUCGCGCGUUAGGAGGCUUUGGUCGGUGUGCCGUGCCGUCUUUCCGCCCGCGUCAGGGACCUGCCCGACUCAGCGGCUGCCAUGGCAUCAGAUGAAGGCAAGCUUUUUAUUGGAGGGCUGAGUUUUGACACCAAUGAGCAGUCGCUGGAGCAGGUCUUCUCCAAAUAUGGCCAGAUCACUGAAGUGGUGGUGGUGAAAGACAGGGAGACCCAGCGAUCGAGGGGCUUUGGGUUUGUGACCUUUGAAAACAUUGACGAUGCCAAGGAUGCCAUGAUGGCUAUGAAUGGGAAGUCAGUGGACGGGCGACAGAUCCGUGUUGACCAGGCUGGCAAGUCUUCCGACAACCGAUCCCGAGGGUACCGAGGUGGCUCUGCUGGAGGUCGGGGUUUCUUCCGAGGGGGCCGAGGCCGGGGCCGUGGGUUCUCCAGAGGGGGAGGGGACCGAGGCUAUGGUGGAGGCCGCUUUGAGUCCCGCAGUGGGGGCUAUGGUGGCUCCAGAGACUACUACAGCAGCCGGAGUCAGGGUGGCGGCUAUGGUGACCGGAGCUCAGGGGGUUCCUACAGAGACAGCUACGACAGCUAUGCUACACACAACGAGUAACAAUCCUUCCUGCUCAAGACCGUCCUUCCAUGGCUGUAUAUUUAAAGAUUUUGGGAGCUGCGCUGAAUCGUUGAUGUGUAGUGAACACACCUCCUUGUAUUUCCACUUUUGUAGUCAUUUCUGUUCCUAUCUUGUCAACCCUGCCUGACUGCUUCUGACCCCCGAGAUGGCCUCAUUAUUAGACUUUUGCUUUUUAAGGAAGCGCCGUUUUUAAGGUUUUUGAAGGCGUUUUGAAAAGUAUUUGAGUUUACUUAUUUUGUUUUUUUUAAACCAUGAACCAUAGCUUUUUAAAAAAUUAUCGGGGGUUGUGUGAUUUUUUUUUUUUUUUUUCUUCUUUGCAACUUUGUGGUGCUGGGGAUAAAACUGAGGGCCUUGAAUGUUAGGCCAACACCCUACCACUGAGUUGUGCCCCAGCUCUGUUAAUGGAUUUUUGGGUUUAGUUGUUGUUUUUACUGAUUUUUUUUUUUUUUUUUUGGUGGGGUCACCCAUGAAAUUGGGUGCCUCGAUUCAUUUUGCUAAGGUUGAAUGGACUCUGGAUCCGCUCUUAGCCAGAAGCUGAGCAAGCUGUGGCUUUUGGGACUCCGUGUGCUGUUUGAGGGUAGCCUGGUAGGACAGCAGCCCGGCGCGGAGAGGCUGUCCUGUGCCAGCCGUGCAGCGCGCCUGCGGGACCGUGCAGAGGCGCUGAGGUUUUUGAAGACAUUUAUUUAUAUUGUCCUUUUUUUACCAGAAGACGUAUGCAUACUCCAUCGAUGUUGUAUUUGCAGUGGCUAAAGGAAUUCUUGUACUCAGUUUUCUUUGGCUUUACGAAGCCGAUUAAAAGACCGUGUGAAAUGAACCUUGCUCUUGACAAUCUCCCUUCGUUGCACAACACACUCCGUGCUGCGGGCUCUCCAGGCAGACCUGAGCCUGCGUGAGCACGGAGGCCCGCAGAGCACUAGAGGAGGCUGAAGGCAGGUGCAGGGCUGGGGCAGGCCUGUGAGCCGCUGGCUGCUCUCCAGUUAGGUGAGGCAGCUGGGGGAUGGGCGCGGGCAGCCCUUGAGGCUUGUGGUGCAGGCAGCAGGAGGGCUAUAAGGGGCGGGCAGCUUAGCAGGGUCAGCGGACGCCCGGGCACCUGGCGCUGACCAGAGAGCCUUAGCUGAGCAGCAGGGCAGAGAGGGACGGCGCGGCGCCCUGGCGGACCCGGACCGGGGCUGGUAGCUAGCUCUGCUGUGCUUCACGAGUUCUGAGCGUUCUCUGCUAGCCUAUGAAGCCGCAGCCUCGGAGGACAGACGUGUUGUGCGCCCAACAGAAACCUCUGAGAUGCACGCUGCUCCCUUGGCUAGCGCCCCUGUGCCGCUGGCCCUGUAACUCGAGGGUGAAAGAAGCCCAGGCCGGACGCAGGGAAGGGCGGCGCUAGGUUGACGAUGAUCAAUGAUCGCAGUGAUAUCUCCAGAGGACUGAGCAGGGAAGGAGGCAGAGAUGGCCGCCAGGGUGCCCUGACUCAUCCUUGGCCUGGAGUCUGCAGAGGAGCUGCGGGAUGGGCUGCGAGGACAGCCAGAGACGACAUCGGAGAGGGGCCAGUGAGGGCGGGGGCUGUGGGAUCUGAAUAAAGUCCCUGUGUGA